AUGACUCAAGAAACUGGUUUGCUGACUUUGUACAACCCUCAGACGAAGAUUGAAAGGAAACAACAUAAGAAAGUCGUGAAUGAAACAUCAAAAUUGGAACUGAUGAAAUGUAUGUCGUCUCCUAAUUGCCUUAAAUAUAGAAAAGGAUCUUUUCAUAUUUCAACAUCUUCCAAGUGUCUUUCACCCUUCUUAAGUUCAACAUCUCGUCUUGAACUAUUCGAUAGUAGAAAAGCUUGCGGCUUCGAUGAUCUAAGACCAUUAUUCAUUCAACUAAGUAUUCAUCUGAUAAACAAAAGAGCGACUUCACGAGUCGCCAAAGCUGUUUUAUUUCAUUAUGGUGUUGCCAGCGAUGAGUGA